AUGCUUUUCAUCAAAAUAAACAAUAACAAAGCCGCAUAUGAUGCAUUCGUAGCUUACAUAAAAACAGUGGAUCCGACUACUGAAGAGAGGAAGUACAGUGCUAAUGGCCUUGCGGCAGCAGCAUGCUUUCUUGGAAAACCACAUGAUUGUGAUUUCUGGAUUGAUAUAAAUUAUGACAGCAGAAGUAUUUCUUUUUUUUGUGCUGAUCUAGAUAAUGAAUCCUCAGAAAGUUGGGACACGAUUCUUAUUAGAGCAGAUGCAGUUGAUAAAUAUUUAAUUAAAGAUCAUGAAAAUAAGAAAACAAAAGAAUUGCUACUGACCCUUAAUUGUGAGUGUAAUGAAUUGAUAUGUUCAAGUGAAGUUGAAUUCACAAGAUUUAAAAGCAAGACAGUUAAAAUAGAGCUUUUCAAAUAUUUUGACAUCCAGCCUCAUCUUGAAAAGAUAUAUGGUAACAUGCUUUUGCCCAACAGCAGACUUCUGCAAAGAGUUGAAGACAGGAAAGUUUCUGGUUCUGUUUUAAUUGUGCAAAAUAGAUCUGAGCUGAAGGAUGUAAAUGAAGCAAGCUCAUAAGGCUAGGAAAAUUUCUCACUUAGUGGAAGUAAUACAGAAAAAUGGAUCUGAAUCAAAAGAUGAAGCGAAGCAAAGUGAGAAAAGCUCUCAAUUAUUUGAAUUGAUACAGAAGAGGGGUUCUGAGCUUAGCAUCAGAAUUCUGCAGAAAAAUAAGAAGAGGAAGAUAUCAGAUUCAACUGAACUGUUUGAGAGAAAUAUCUCUGAGGUUAGGAAGCUCUG